UUCAAAAAUUCUGUUGUUGGUUUGGUGCCGGCCGCUUUAUUUUUCUAAUUAAUUAAAAACAAUGUCCGCAUUUCAUGGAUUUCCCAGUGUACCAGGACCAGAAGAAACAGCCUUCUGUAAAAUAGACGAAGUUUACUGUUGUGGUAACUCUAGAUAUGGCAACAUAACUACUUUUACCAAUACGACGAAACAGCAUCCUGUGAUCAACGUAGCAAGGGAUAUCCAUCAUCACAGAACGACGGAUGAGAACAUUUCUAUGUAUAUAGAUGUUGAAGACAAUUUGCUGAAGAAAAUAACCAGUGUGUGGUACAAGCAAGGUUUUCUUGAAGCUUUGGGCGUCGCAGCCGAUCCCAGCAUCAACAGAGAGAGUCCUUUCCUAGCUGUUGCGGCAUCUUACGUGUUAAAAGUGGCGAACGUGUUCACAGCAUUCCACUACUUUCUGCAGCCACAUUUGAAGGACAUAGGGCCUAAAAUUGUGUCAAACUACUCGAGAACAAGGAACUGGGGUGGUGCCCCAGUGAAGUGUUUGGCAUGGCACCCGCACACUACGAAGAUAGCAGUGGCAACUGUAGACGAUAAUGUCAGAGUUUAUUGCUCCGAAGUACAGUUUGUGUCGAUGUUGAAAUGUAAAGCCCAAGGGCAUGUAUCGUCGCUGUGCUGGAGGCCUUUCUCAGCGUCAGAAAUAGCUGUUGGCUGUGAACAAGGUGUCAUUGUGUGGACGGUUGACCCAAAUUCAAUGUUUACGAAGCCAUCCUCCAGCAAUGCCAUUGUUUUGAAAAGAUCAGGCCACAGCCCAGUCACCGAUGUGAGCUGGUCUCCAAACGGUGACUUACUGAUCAGCUGCAGCGGUGCGGACACCUCGAUGAUGGUCUGGGACGUUUCCAUGGAGACAGCGGUCCCACUGCGCAGGGUUGCUGGUGGCGGAAUAGUUUUUGCAAGAUGGUCGCUCGAUGCUAGUAAAGUGUUUGCUGCUACAUCUUCGAUUAUUUUCCG